AUGUUUCCAAUCGCCAUUGAAAACAGUCGGCACCACUCGCUGCCGCCACUGCUGUUGCCAGACAUCUCGCGUAUGGGCGCAGCGGCCGCUGCUGCCGCUGCUGCCUCAACAUCGUCGUCGUUGUUGUUGUCUUCUUCACAUGCCCUGUUCCAUGGCUCGUCGUCGUCGGCGCUGUACGGACAUCACGUGCCGCGGCUUCAGCCACUCCCGUUGCCACGGUCACAUGACCAGGCGCGCCCUCUGCCGCUGCCGCCUGCAGCGGGCCUAGAAUCGCUCGCGCGGAUCGCCGUGGCAACCGAGACGCGGCCGGUGACGCCAGAUGCCGGGUAUGCCGACCGCGAGGUGCCUGCGCCGCGCAGACGCUCCCGCAGCAGUCCGCGCAGCCGCAUGCCACUGUAUGCGGACGCCGCGUCGUCUUCCGUGUCCUCUGUAGGUGCAGGUGCGUCUGUAGAUGCGUCUGCGUUGCCGGCCGCUGCGGCCUCCGGAGCCCCUGCGGCUGCUCUGCGCGGGACCAAACGCCAGCGCGCCGGCCCGUCCUGCGAUACCUGCAGGCUGAAGAAAAUCAAGUGCGACGCCCGCAUACAGACGCUAUGGCAACACGAGUCGCUGGUCAUGUUCAACGGCGAUCGUGCGGAGUCAUUACACGUGAUCAUCACCGCCGACGAGGUCCGCGACCACGUGCUUGCGUCGGCGCAGCUGCCGACGCACGUGAAAGCCACGCUGCAGGAGCGGCUCGCGCGGUGCGAGCCGUCGGAGGAGCUCAUACGUCACGUGGACAAGCUCAUCUUGUUCAAGCCGUGUGCAUCGUGUGUGAAGGCCGCGCGUCCCGCGUCUCGCGACUUGGAAAACGCGACGGCGGCUGCCACAACAAGUGCCGCCACGUCCGCUGGGUGCUGCAAUUUUGCAAAGGGCUACACUCGCGCCGACAUUGCGGUGUUCACCCGGUUGUGUCGCAAACUCGGCACGCGGGCGCAACUCUCGGACUUUUCUGUCAGCGACUACCGCGAAGCGGGCUACUAA